UCGACCAAUCACUGUCCACAGCGAGGAGGAAAACUUGGAAGAUUCUCAGGCUGGUGAAUCGCGUUUCGCGAUGGGAGAAAUAAAAGUGGGAAGCGAUGAACAAUAGAACGGCGUGUUUCUGGGAGGCGCCAGCAUUCCCCAUCAAGAACUUUCUGGUUGGUCUCCUCGCGCAUACCGAUAGUCAAGCACGCGCUCGUUACAGAUUUAAAAGGCGUUUUCAGUCAACCAUGACGGCUAAAUCUGAAGAAAUAAAGGUGGUUUUCAGUCACACGACGGCUCUGAGGCGCAUCUGUUUUGACAGAAUCACACAGCCAGCGUCCUGUUGUUAAAUGAUUUGCAUACGGACUUCCGCCCCCUUCAUUAGUUUCUACAUCAACUACCAAAGGCAGUGGGCAGAUCUGAGCCCUCAUGUCAGACGUAGUCAUGCGGACUUGACAUUUAAACUCGCUUAAUAUUAUUUGGACCUGGACGGCAGACGCGUUCAUUUCGGAUUGCCCGGAUGGAUUCGGAUUAAACACACUGAGAUCUGACACUUUCAUUCUCUCAUUCGCGUUUACUAUGCUGGAUAUCUGUUUGUGGAUGUACCGUGACUGUGUUUCCUUUACUUGCAGUGUAAAUGGGAAUAUGUAAAACGCAUUGGACCAGACUGGGUAUUUUCUAGCAGGAAUAUGUGUUUUACAUCUCUCUGUGGGUGAUGAUUUGAGACCGGGGAUUCCUCUUCAGUUUGCACUUGUCUCUGGAUUGUAAAGUAGGUUUCGGGUUUACCCAAUUCAAUGCGAUAUAUGAUGUCUCCGUUUAUAAACGCCGGAAGAGUUGAUCAUCUCCUUAGAAUGGAGUUUUUCUUUGAAUUCUUUUGACAUAUUGGACAGCGUGGAUACAUACACACCAAAUAGCCGGUGUGUAUUUUUUUUUAGGUCCGAAAGGGUUGGAUUACCUGUUUUGGCAUACAUUUUAAGCUAUAUUUUUACAGGUUGGAUCUCCUGGUUCGUUUCGGGUAUACGAACUCGGUGCUUUUAAUGCAACUACUGUUGAUGUCACGCGAGUAUUCCUAGUGAUUCAGCGCAUUCGAAUAAUUUUGAUAACACACUCGUCUAAAAAAAUACCGUGUGCCAUCUAUUUAUUUAUUAUUGGUUAGAGGUAUUUGAAGGCUUUUGCACACCAUGACUUUCUUGUCCGGGGCAGCGCUUCUGUUGCUGCGUGGACUCGUCAUCUCUGCGGUAUUGGGUUUAGAGAGUUCAUACACGAGUGUUCUGUCGAACCGAGUCACUCCGGAUCCAGCAUCAGCUGUUGCUCCUACAGACCCAUGUUUGACGGUUAUCCCUCCAUGUAUGACCGAAGCCGACCGCUUCAGUUUAGAGGCUCUGCGGCACAUUCACAAGCAGCUAGAUGAUGACAAUGAUGGAGGCAUUGAAGUUAAUGAAAGUGUGGAGUUUAUUAGAGAGGAUAUGAAGCAGCAACAGACCAAUAAACACAGCAAUCUUCAUCGAGAGGACCAGCACAUCACGGUGGAAGAGCUGUGGAGGAGCUGGAAAAUAUCUGAAGUGCAUAACUGGACAAUGGAGGACGCAGUCCAGUGGCUGAAGGAGUCAGUGGAGCUUCCUCAAUAUGAAAAAAACUUCAGAGACUUUAAAGUAAACGGCAACACGCUACCUCGAAUAGCGGCCAAUGAACCGUCGUUUAUGUCAAUGCAGCUAAAGAUAUUAGACCAACGACAUAAACAGAAAUUAAAUUUAAAAGCAUUGGACGCUGUGCUGUUUGGGCCUCCACUACGUCCUUACCAUAACUGGCUUAAAGACUUUAUAUUGAUGAUCUCAAUCAUCAUUGGAGUUGGGGGCUGCUGGUUUGCAUACAUUCAGAACAAGUCAUCUAAAAUUCACAUCUCUCAAAUGAUGAAAGACCUCGAUAGUCUUCAGAAUGCUGAACAGAGUCUCAUAGAGCUACAGAGCCGGUUGGAAAAGGCUCAGGAGGAGAACCGGACGGUAGCGGUGGAGAAGCAGAACCUGGAGCAGAAGAUGCGUGAUGAGAUCAACGGUGCUAAGAAAGAAGCCAGCAGGCUGAAAGAGCUGCGAGAGGGUGCUGAGUGUGAGCUCAGCAGACUUAAAUAUGCAGAGGAGGAACUUGUGCAGGUGCGAAUGGCACUGAAGAGAGCAGAGAAAGAGAUGCAUUCUGAGUGGUCUGUGCCUGAAGCCUUGCAGAUGUGGCUACAGCUCACACAUGAGGUGGAAGUGCAGUACUACAACAUCAAAAAACAAAAUGCUGAACUGCAGCUUGCAGUCGCAAAGGAUGAGGCGGAAAAGAUCAAGAAGAAAAGAAACAGCGUGUUCGGUACACUCCACGUUGCACACAGCUCAUCGCUCGAUGAAGUAGACCACAAAAUACUUGAGGCUAAAAAAGCACUGUCAGAGGUCACGGCAUGCUUGCGGGAACGUCUGCACCGCUGGCAGCAAAUUGAGAAGUUGUGCGGCUUUCCGGUGGUUAAUAACUCUGGGCUGCCCAACCUCACUGCCUCGCUCUACGCCGACCACAGCUGGGUGGUCAUGCCGCGGGUGUCUGUGCCACCCUACCCGAUCGCAGGAGGGGUGGACGACCUCGACGAGGACACGCCCCCCAUCAUUUCACAGUUCACCUCUCCGAUGAUGCGACCUCCUCUGACCCGGAACAGCAGUGUGUGCCGUUCUCGCAGAAGUCUUAUGUCUCAGCCCUCGUCCCUCACAGCUGACCCCGAUCUGUUAUCCAUGGCAUCGGCCCCGCUGACCUACAGACCCGAGGGAGACGAGGAGCAUAUCUUUUUCACCGCAGAAAGAAAGGGGGACACCCAGGACACAUACUCAGAUUCGGACUCAUUCGGUUCCUCUUUGAGCAGGAAGUUCUCCACCACCUGCAUUCAAAGCACCUGUGCUGCAGGCACGGAUACCCCUCCAAGGAAAAUUUCACGUGAAGAACUUCUCCUCUUGGCGCAAGAGGCACAGGUCUCCGCCAUGGAGACCUUACCAUCUUCCUCAUCCUCUCCUUCAUCUCCACUUGACUCAUCUUCAGUUCACAAGGGCUCCCCUGACCUCACCCGCUCUUCUGUUUUCCCAGAAUCCCAAAGUUUAACCUUUCAUCCUGGCACCAAAGCUAUGGCCUAUAAUGGCAUUCUGGAAAAAUCAUACAGCAUGGGGCAGCUGCCCGCCGGUGGGACGCCUUCAGAGGGACUUUACCCCUCGAUUAGCUCACUCGACAUAGAAGGCAAAGCUAUCAAGGAGCCCAAGCAACUCCAAUCCUCGCAGGACUCUUGCGAUAACGGAGAGAAAAAACGCUCUAAGAUCAAGAGCUUGUUCAGGAAAAGCAAAAAGCUGUGAGGAACAGUAGUGAAGAGGAAAGAUAGAGAGGAAAAGAAGCCUUAAAAUUCAACAAAUAAGGGGGAUGCCGUCAACCAGAAGCCAAAACAUUUUUCAGUUCCUUUCACCUUUAUUUUAUAUUAAAAGAAUGUAGCUCCAUCUAGAUACAAUCUUGCAUUGGAAGCCUUUUAGGGAUUUUUCAUACAUAAACCAUUAAUAACCAGAAUUUUGUAGAAAUGGUCUCUUCACUCUGUUUAUUUGGGUGAAGUCUCUGUUUUCUAUUGAAUGCACCUUUAUGAUGUCAUCAGGAAGGGAUCAAGAAGUAAUAAAAAUAGGAAAAUAUAACAAUGUGACCCUAGACCACAAAACCAGUCAUAAGUCCGUAUAUUUGCAGCAAUAGCCAACAAUAAAUUGUAUGUGUCAUAAUUAUCUAUAUAUUUAUGUUUGUAAAUAUAUCAAAACUUUAUUUGGACAAAUUUAUUUUUUUAACCCUCAGAUUCCAGAUUUUCAAAUAGUUGUAUCUCGGCCAAAUAUUGCCCUAUCUUAACAUGUCAUAAAUCAAUGGAAAGCUAUUUAUUAAACUUUUAUAUUUCAAAAACUUGACCCUUUUGACUGGUUUUGUGGUCCAGGGUCACAAAUAGCUCAACAUUUUACAAAUCUCCAGAAUUUGCAAUUUGCAAAAGAAUAGUUCAGCCAAAAAAUAUAACACUGUCAUUCUUACACAAGUAUGCUGUUCAUUUUAAUGAAAGAUAUUUUAUUGCAAAGAUUGAAAAUAUUUUUCUUUUACACGUGCUUGUCCAAGACUCUUUGCCAGUAGUUAACAAAAAAUCAAGAACAGAAAUUAUUUCACUUUUAUAUACAUUUUAACAAUAUUUUGAAGUCAUACCAGACCCAAUGAAAAGCCUUUACUACAUUAAACAACAUUUACCUUGGUCGUAUGUAUUUAAGUAGAAAAAUAACUCCCAUUUGCUGAGAUGAAAUUUUAAAGGUUUAAAGCGCCCUUAAAAAUGGUCCUGCAAUACCUAUGCUAGAUCCUGGCCACUUUUAACUGUUAUUGUAUGGUAAUGUUUACUUUGACAAGAGCAUACGAGGAAUAACAUGAGGGCGAGUACAUAAUGACAGAAUCUGCAAUGUUGACUGAACUAUUCCUUUUACUAUUUCCUAUCUAAACCUUACAAUAUGAUGUCACAUUAGUUUGAACGGCAGCUUGUUUUUUUGAGAUAUUACUGCAAGUGCAAUGUUUAACAUUUUAGUGUUUAAAUUUCAUCAGUGAUACACAUUAAAGUUGCCAUAUAGUGUGAAAAUCAUCCAAAAUCUUUUCCUUAAAAGGGCCCAUGGUGAAUUAUUGGUUUCAGAUUUGUCCCUUUCUGUUUACAGCCACAGAGCUCCUGUACUUGACAAAUUUCCUUUAUGAGAAAAAAGGUAACACUUAACAUAAAGCAGCACGUCAAAACGCCUACAUAGUGAAAUAACGAACAGAAAUGAAUUCAUUAUUAUGUCAAUACAAACAAUUACUUUCCACUUACACUUACAUGUGUUAAAUAAAUACUUCAAUUAUCGCUAUACUUUUAAAUGUAUGAUUUUAAAAUAUUAACAGAAGCUGCAUAAAGGACAGCUGUGUAAAACUAGAAGUGUUUUGAAGAUGUCCAGGUGUUGAAUAUACACUGAAAAAAAUUGAAUUGAUUCAUUGAAUUUAAUCAUUUUUUUUAAGGUAAGUGGUUGCAAUCAAUUUAUUUAAGCUACAUUUAAACAAAAAAGAUUAGUAAAGUAAAAUAAAAUAUAAAACUUUUGUUUAAAUGUAGCUUAAAUAAAUUGAUUGCAACCACUUACCUUAAAAUUUUUUAUUAAAUUCAAUGAAUCAUUUUUUUCAGUGUAUAAGGCGUCAUGACUAACUGCUGUGUGGAAAGUGCUACUGAAUUACCCUGCUAAAGGUUGUUGCACUACUGCUUUCCUUAUCAGGAAAGAGUCGCUUUUGGCGGCAAUAAGAGUAAGUUAUGUUAGAUAGAUAAAGGAGAAUAUUUGUAAAGAUGCGUCGAAAAGCAACAAAAUUGAUAUCAUAGCACAUAUGAUGCAUUUACGCUUCUCACUACAUUUAUUCUCCUGAAUAUAUUUUUAUUUUAGUUGUUUUCAUCAUAUGUUUAAUAGAAGUUAUUAAAUUGUAGAAAUGUGAUUUCUAAUGGGUAGCUUUUUCUGAGGAGAAAUAUAUAUGAAAUGCCGAUUUUGACCUUUACCCCAAAUCCCUCUUUUCUGGACUGAGUGCCCUGUUUCAAGGGCGUUACCAUCACUGUGAUCAUCCUCUUUCACUCAUAACUAAACUGAUUAUAUUUUGGCAAAAUAAAAUAGUGCAAGACCAGUGCCAGAGAGGAGACGGAGACAGUGGUGCCUAAAUUAGUUUGUCUCAUUCACUCAGCAUUGUAUGUGUUGACACAGAUGAAGGGUAUACAGUUGAACUCAUAAGUUUACAUACAGCUUGAAAAUGUUAGUGUUUAAGGAAAAAUUUUAGAUAUCAUACAAACUGCAGUUUGUUUUUAAUUUGGUACUGACAAGAACAGGCUAUUUAAUCUAAUUUAAACUGUUUAAAUAACACAAUAAUAACUACAUUUGCAAACAUAGUCCAGUUUAAAAGUUUACAUGCCUUUUAUCAUUAAUACUGUAUAAUGUUACACAACUGUUUUCAUGUUUUAUGGUUUUUGUUCAUGGGUCUCUUGUUAAAUCUUAGCCAUUAAACUGUACGUCCGGUCUUUAGAAAAAUCUUCCAGGUCUGCACAUUCUUUGCUUUUCUAGAAUCUUCUGCAUAUCACCGCUUUCCAACAGUGACUGUAUGAGGUUGAGAUUCAUAAUUUCACAAUAAAGAUACUGGUGCAUCUAAUACACAACUGUUGCAAAAGAUACAAACAAUCAUUGGUGCUCAAGAAGACAGCAUGAUACAUUAGAACCAGCGUGGUGAUGGUUUAACCAGUACACUCUUAGUAAAAAAUACAAAAGUUGUCACUGGGACGGUACCUUUUAAAAAGGUCCUAAUAUGUAUCAUUUUGGUAUAGAUAUAUACAGAUAUGCACAAAAAAGUACCGCCCCAGUGACAACUUUUGUACCAUCUUUUCUGAACAACCUGUUCUCACAAAAUUGCGUGAAAUAGUCACGCAUUAUUUUGCUCAGUUUUGCGUGGCAUUGUCACGUAUUUCCACUAUUUUACGUGCCACUACUUUCUUUUCCAUCAACUGUUUUUCCUAUUUUUAAAGGCGCUCUAAGCGAAUCUGUGUAACGUCACUUUUUGUUGAUGUUUGAACUGUUUUCAAACAAACGGAGCAUAGCUAACUCCUCCCCCUCCCUUACGUGCUUUCAUGAACGCGCCCAACCCCACCCCAAAAUCCUUCUUGUCGUUUAUUGGCUGGAACACUUUGUUAUGUUUCGUGAUGGUAGGUUUGGCCACUGUGUUUUUAUUGCAGUUUGUGGAGGCUGUCUACAGAGAUCGCGUUUUUUUACAGUUUGAUCAGCGGUCAGGCAGCAAGCAGAUAGUGAGGAGAUGUUUGCUGGAUGUAACAAAAAAUUUUUAUGGUCUAAAACGCGUGAAUUCGCUUAGAGCACCUUCAAACAAUUGUCGCUUUGGUUUGGGGUUCGAUUUGCUGUUUGCGUUAGCAUGUCACUUUUAAGUAUAGGUUUAUACUAUUUUUUCGUAUGCUUUUUAAACCAUUGACGCCUGACGCUAGGGUUAGAGUUGGGUUUGGGUAAGGAUGUCAUUUUAUGUAACAGAAAGUUGUUCUAACCCUAAACUGAAGCAGUUGUGUAUGAUUUGCUUUAAUGUCUUCAUUGUAAAAAGAUGAAUCUCUUUAUCACACAUUCAUUGCUGGAAAGGGGUGAAAUAUGCAGAAGAUUGUGGAAAAGCACAGAAUGUGAUGGACCUGAAGGAUUUUUCAGAAGAUUAGCGGGCAGUUUAUUGGUUCAGGAAAAAUAAGAGACUAAUAAACAAUAAUCACAUAACAUAAAAACAGUCGUUGAUCAUCCAGGUAACAUUACACAAUAUUAAAAAUCAAGGAUAUUUAAACUUUUGAAGUGGGUUGUGUUUGUAAAUUCAGUUAUUAUACUAUGUUGUGGACGCUUAGUCAGGGCAGUACUAAAAACAAUUAACACUUUGUAUGAUCCAUAACAUGCUAACAUUUUGCAGAUUCAGCAAGGGUUAUGUAAACUUAUGAGCUUAACUGUUAAAAUGAUAUAUGUAGGCUUAUAUACACAUAUUUUGGUGUGUAUAUGUAUGUGUAUUUAUACAGUGACUGACAUCGAAAUAUGAAUGUUGAGAUGAUUGUUUAUUUGUGUGAAUAUUUGUAUACUGUAGAAUAAAUUAAUAAUAAAGGAGGCAAAUGUCUCAUCUGUGCAAUCCC